UUCUAUUUUCCACGGUCAGAGUUUUCAACUAUGAUGUUUUAAAUGUUCUCAGAUCCCGCUUAAUCUUCCAUUUUCGUCGCCCUUUAUCUGUUUUACACAAUGAUUUUGUGUUAAAAAAGUGGGGAAUUUGGUAAGCAAGUGGGGACCGGAAAGUUGCGGCUGUGGAUGAGAGCGUGAUGAAGUAAUCCCACUGGAUAAAAUGUCGAAUGCGCGACCGAGUCGCUUUAGUUCCUCGAAGUUCGGUGUUGAUCCGCAGAAAAACGUAGAAUUUCGAUCCGUCAUCCCGAGCAGUGCGACUAUUCUGUCCAGCUCAGCUCCAACUCGUGUACUGCCUUUUUCAGCUGGGGGCAUUAGUUUUUCCAUCAAAAAGUCUAGCGCAGUGCGCAAACAUGUCCAGAAUACGGAUAAUGAUGUCCAUUUUGAUGGAAAGUCUUCCACUGAGUCUUCUGUGCCACCUGCUCCCCCUGUUCCUGUCGAAGAGAUUGAGAAACCUGUGAGUACUACCGAUGCCCAUCCCAGUGAGGGGGGCGCAGUGGCUCUUUCGGAUAUUCCUCUUCCUAGUCAAGCAGAUGGGGAUGCUGGAAUCACUGUGCUCUCUGCCACGGAAGAACCUUUGAGAAAUCAGCCAGUAUUAACCAAAGAACCGACCAAUGAUAAACGGCCCAUAUCGUCCCCGUCUGACCGCGCCAAAUCCCAUGUUGACAGUUCCAGUCCGCGAUCCAGAUCUCAUAAGAAUGUGAAGUCGGAAACAUCGUCGAGGAGAAGGAGUUCUCCUGAGAAAUGCAUUUCCACAUCCACUAGGCAGCCAUCUGAUCACAGAAGGAUCGAAUCACGAAGAGAAAAGACUAACUCAGAUGAAAAGAAAUCGCGCAGUGAAAGGGAUCGAUCAACCAGUCACCGUGAUGGCCGCGGCAGUUCUCGCCGCGGAAAUCGAUCGCCCCGCCGUCGUUCCCGGGAUAGAAACCGACAGGGUUUUAGUCCGCGUUUAAGGCCAUACCGUGUGAGAGUGACUAAAUUCAAUGGAGAUACCGUCACCAUACCUGGCGACAUCGUGCGUUAUACCACAGUAAAACCAGCGGUGUCCGUUUCGGGAGAAAGAACCAGAGAGGUGGAUUUCGCUAAACUUUGGGAUCGUAUGACGCGGAGGGAGGAAGAGCGCCACGAAAAAGCCAAAGACCCAACUCGAGAUAAGGCGAAAAGGAGCGUUUCUCGCGACUCUAGUGUAGGGGUUGUCGUAGACGAAGCUACAAAUAUUACCGAUGCUGGACCGGUGAACGUCAUUACGCCGGCGCCAGAGCUACCGUCUGUGCCGCUUGUGCUUCCACCGCCACCACCUCCGCCGCCGAUCAUAAAUAUUGAACAUCAUCCGAAGAUCUCCUUCAGCCUUUCUGGUAUUGCGGGUAAGAAGCCCCUUGUAGAACCUGCGAAUGAUAUUCAGACUAUGUGGUCAGACCCUGCGGAAAAGGCUGGUCAAGAGGCACGGUCCUUGCCUGCGAUGGAAACUGCACCGAUUAUGCCCGAGGCUCCAGCUGCUAUAAUUCAUGAAUACGAUGCGUUUCUGCAAGAAAUCGGUAUUAAGAAAGACAAGGCGUGCACCGAGGGAGACGAUAGUGCGACUGACGGCUUCGAACCUAUUUCCGCGGAGACCCCGCCACGUGAAGUUUGUUCUCUCGCUGUUGGCCAGAAUAUUAUAGAUACAGAAGAAAAAGUGAAAUGUGAACCUGUUGUCGAUGUGGAACAGAAGCCUGUUUUAAAUUUCAAGCCACGACACCGCGGACGAUUCGCUUCUCCUCCACCUGCCGUAGAAAUAAAGAAAGAACCUGUAAGUCCUGAGAAGGAAAUAAAGAAAGAACCCAAAGAAGCGUCACCCCCCAAACGCCGAAGAUCGCGUUCUCGAAGUGGGCAUCGAAUAAAGAGGGAACGCCGUUCUCGUUCACGAUCCGGUGGUCGUGAAAGGCGAAGAGCCAGUCGGGAUAGGAAGCACGAAACAACCGCCCGAAAGCGGCCGAGAUCGAGGUCGAAUAACAGAAGCCGCUCCCGGGAUAGAAGAAACGACAGGCGUUCCAGUCGUGCCAGCAACACUCGAGACGAUCCGAAACGGCGCCGGAAACGAUCGCGGUCACGGUCUCCUUCCAAGUCAGGAUCGAGUCGUUCGUCGAAGGACAUCAUGCCGAAAAGCAGCUCGAGAUCGCCGUCGAGGAGGCGGUCUGCUUCGCAUCGGAGUACUGUGCAGGAUGAAAACGUGGCGCCUGCUGUCAAUCGCAGCAGUGUAAAGAGAGAAGCGCGCAGCUCGGUUAGCAAGACAGAAGACGAGAUGGAUAUGUCGGUUGCUUCCCUUCCAGAUUUACAGACAGAUGCUGAAGAAGCGGUUAACGAAGCCGAACGACCGUUUCCUCAAGUCGACGAGGCUGUUAGUGGAGCGUUUCCGGUAGGGUUUAGUGUAGAGGGCGUCGGACCUUUAAUCUGCUGGCCGUAUCUUGUUCCCGAUGGAUCCAUUGUGCUGUUUCCAUAUUUGUCCCUGCAGAAGCCGGCUGAUCCGGCGAAGGCAGAAAAAUAUCUAAUUGUGCCUCCGCAAGUGCGGAACAAUCCCAGCAGUGGGCUGCCACUUAAUCUCUUGGCGAUACCAACAUACGAUCCAACCCGAUCCAUUCCACCACCACCACCGUCAGCCACGGCACCACUGAACCAGCCGUGCAAACCCGCCGUAAUCCGGUUGAUUAAAAUGCAGCAGGAGGCUAAGGAAAGGGAGGCGCAACGUGUUCUGGCGCUACGCGCUCAUAGUAAACAUGGCAACGGAAACAGUCAUCGCAGUGGGAGUGGGGCGGAGAAGGAAACUCCGACACCCCUGUCCACGUCGAUGUCGGUAACCUCCAGCAAGACUGCUACGCCGAUGGUGCCCACGCCCUGUCAACAAGGGGAUGCCGAUCUGGAAGACAAUGAUGGGGAUGACGAGGAAGAAGAGGAGGAAGAGGAAGAAGAAGAAGAGGAGGAGGAGGAAGAGGAAGAAGAGGAGGACGAAGACGAGUCUGGUGAAAGCGGACAGAUGAUUACGGUUAAUGGAAUUGAUGUGGCGCUGCAGAACGGCAACGCCGAUCAUGAGGAAGAAGAAGAAUAGAUCUGGAUUAUUUGGUUGAUUGUCUAAAGUAUUGCAGUUUCUGGUUCUUGUGUUUGUUAUUUUCUAGUGAAUUUUUUGUUCAGUUCGUUGCGCUAUCUUGCAGAUGACAGUUUUACUAUUUUAAUAGUUAAUUUACAAGGAAGUGCAGAUGAGUCUUGUAAACUGUUGCUACUCGGAAAUGUUACUCUUAAUAAAACAUGUAUU